AUGCCAAGCUGGGCACAACCAGCUUUUAAGGGGAUGACUCAGUUAAAUAGGGUUCAGAGUAAAGUUUAUGAGACUGCUCUGUUCAGAGCAGACAAUCUUUUACUCUGUGCCCCCACUGGAGCAGGGAAGACCAAUGUUGCUAUGCUCACGAUUCUGCAACAAAUAGGUUUGCAUAUGAAUGAAGAUGGUACUUUCAACCGCAGUGACUACAAGAUUGUCUAUGUGGCACCAAUGAAAGCCCUUGUUGCUGAAAUCGUUGGUAAUCUGUCUAAACGUUUGGAGCCCCACUAUGGCAUCAUUGUGAUGGAGUUGAGUGGAGAUCAGUCUUUGACCCGUCAACAAAUUGAAGAAACACAAAUCAUUGUCACCACUCCAGAAAAAUGGGAUAUUAUCACUAGAAAAUCCGGAGACCGCACUUACACUCAACUUGUUAAGCUUCUAAUUAUUGAUGAAAUUCAUCUUCUGCAUGAUAACAGAGGACCUGUUCUUGAGAGUAUUGUGGCAAGAACUGUUAGACAAAUUGAGACAACAAAGGAACAUAUUCGGUUGGUUGGGCUAUCUGCAACACUUCCCAAUUAUGAUGAUGUUGCGUUAUUUAUGCGAGUUGACUUGGAGAAAGGCCUGUUUCAUUUUGACAAUAGUUACAGACCUUGCCCACUUGCUCAACAGUAUAUUGGAAUUACAGUAAAGAAGCCAUUGCAGAGAUUUCAAUUGAUGAAUGAUAUUUGUUAUGAAAAGGUGAUUGGAGUGGCUGGGAAGCAUCAGGUGCUUAUAUUUGUGCAUUCAAGGAAAGAAACAACCAAGACUGCACGUGCAAUUAGAGACACUGCUCUUGCCAAUGACACCCUGGGGAUCUUUUUGAAAGAAGAUAGUGCAAGUCGUGAAAUUCUCCAUGAACAUACUGAGCUGGUGAAAAGCAAUGAUCUCAAGGAUCUGUUGCCUUAUGGUCUUGCAAUUCACAAUGCAGGAAUGGCUAGGGCUGAUCGUCAACUUGUUGAGGAACUGUUUGCUGAUGGACACAUUCAAGUACUUGUUUCAACAGCUACUCUUGCAUGGGGUGUGAACUUGCCUGCCCACACUGUGAUUAUUAAAGGAACCCAAAUUUAUAACCCAGAAAAAGGAGCCUGGACAGAGCUUAGUCCUCUGGAUGUCAUGCAGAUGUUGGGUCGUGCUGGGAGGCCACAGUUUGAUACUUAUGGUGAAGGAAUCAUUAUAACCGGACACAGUGAGCUGCAGUACUAUCUUUCAUUGAUGAAUCAACAGCUUCCUAUUGAAAGUCAGUUUGUGUCCAAAUUGGCUGAUCAGUUGAAUGCAGAAAUAGUCCUUGGAACCGUGCAGAAUGCAAAAGAAGCCCUCAAUUGGCUUGGUUACACUUAUUUAUACAUUCGUAUGGUGCGCAACCCUACACUUUAUGGUUUAUCAGCUGAUGCUCUGACAAGAGAUCUUUUACUUGUAGAUAGGAGAGCUGAUCUGGUCCAUUCUGCAGCUACAAUACUGGAUAAAAACAAUCUGGUGAAGUAUGAUAGAAAAAGUGGGUAUUUUCAGGUUACUGAUUUGGGUCGAAUCGCAAGUUACUACUACAUAACUCAUGGAACUAUUGCUACUUACAACGAGCAUUUGAAGCCCACCAUGAGCGAUAUUGAGCUUUGCAGAUUAUUUUCACUGAGUGAGGAGUUCAAAUAUGUAACAGUAAGACAAGAUGAGAAGAUGGAACUUGCAAAGCUUUUGGACCGUGUUCCUAUUCCCAUCAAGGAAAGUUUGGAAGAGCCCAGUGCAAAGAUCAAUGUCUUACUCCAGGCUUAUAUUUCCCAGUUAAAGCUUGAAGGACUUUCUUUGACAUCUGACAUGGUGUUCAUAACUCAGAGUGCGGGACGUCUUAUGCGUGCUCUUUUUGAGAUUGUAUUGAAAAGAGGAUGGGCACAGUUAGCCGAGAAAGCCUUGAACCUGUGCAAAUGAUUAACAAGAGGAUCUGGAGCGUACAAACCCCACUACGCCAAUUUCACGGUAUUAAAAAUGACAUUCUGAUGAAACUGGAGAAGAAGGAUCUGGCAUGGGAAAGAUAUUAUGAUCUGUCAUCACAAGAGCUAGGAGAGCUUGUUAGAGCACCAAAGUUAGGGAGAAAUCUUCACAAGUGCAUUCACCAAUUCCCAAAGCUUAAUCUUGCAGCACAUGUUCAACCAAUCACCCGCACCAUCUUGAAGGUGGAACUCACUAUCACUCCAGAUUUUCAGUGGGAAGACAGGAUUCAUGGGUAUGUGGAGCCGUUUGGGUGAUUGUAGAAGAUAAUGAUGGGGAAUACAUACUCCAUAAUGAGUAUUUCUUGUUGAAGAAACAAUACAUCGACGAGGAUCACACUUUGAGUUUCACAGUCCCGAUUUAUGAACCUUUGCCACCUCAGUACUUCAUUAAGGUUGUCUCGGACAGAUGGCUUGGAUCCCUGUCUGUUUUGUCUGUUUCUUUCCGCCACCUAAUCUUACCGGAAAAGUAUCCUCCACCAACAGAGCUGCUGGACUUGCAGCCACUCCCUGUGACUGCUUUGAGAAAUCCAUUAUAUGAAGCCCUUUAUCAAGAAUUCAAACACUUUAACCCUGUCCAAACUCAAGUCUUCACAGUUCUAUACAACACCGAUGACAAUGUGUUGGUUGCUGCACCAACUGGCAGUGGGAAGACCAUAUGUGCUGAGUUUGCAGUUUUAAGGAACCAUCAGAAAGUUUCGGAGGGAGUGAUGCGUGCUGUUUACAUUGCUCCUGUUGAAGCACUUGCCAAGGAGCGAUAUAAUGAAUGGAAAAAGAAAUUUGGAGAUGGUCUUGGGCUGAGAGUUUGCGAGUUGACCGGGGAAACAGCCACAGAUUUGAAGUUGCUGGAAAAAGGGCAGGUGAUAAUCAGCACUCCGGAUAGAUGGGAUGCUUUGUCUCGUAGAUGGAAGCAACGUAAGCAUAUUCAGCAAGUAAGUCUUUUUAUUGUUGAUGAGUUGCAUUUGAUUGGGGGUCAAGGUGGGCCAGUGUUGGAGGUGAUUGUCUCUAGGAUGAGAUACAUUGCUAGUCAAGGUCAUAACAUUCGGAUAGUGGCACUAUCCACUUCACUUGCAAAUGCCAAAGAUUUAGGUGAAUGGAUUGGGGCCACAUCACAUGGUCUUUUCAAUUUCCCACCAGGUGUUAGGCCUGUGCCCUUGGAAAUCCAUAUUCAGGGGAUAGACAUAGCUAAUUUUGAAGCCAGAAUGCAAGCCAUGAGCAAACCUACUUACACUGCUAUUGUCCAACAUGCCAAGAAUGGAAAACCAGCCAUUGUAUUUGUUCCAACAAGGAAGCAUGCAAGGUUAACUGCUGUGGAUCUGAUGACAUAUUCGAGUGCUGAAAGUACAUACGAGAAUGGAGAGAAGCCUUUGUUCUUACUUCAAUCUGAAAAUGAGAUAAGCCCGUUUGUUGAGCGGAUUAAAGAACCCAUGUUGAAGGAAACUCUGGUCUACGGUGUGGGAUAUUUGCAUGAGGGUCUAACCACAACUGACCAAGAUAUAGUCAGGACACUGUUUGAAACUGGUUGUAUUCAGGUAUGUGUGAUGAGUGGUACAAUGUGUUGGGGGGUUUCUCUUCGUGCACAUUUGGUGGUGGUUAUGGGAACACAGUACUAUGAUGGCCGGGAAAACGCACACACCGAUUAUCCAGUUACCGAUCUUCUUCAGAUGAUGGGCCAUGCAAGUCGGCCUCUUGUGGAUAACUCUGGAAAGUGUGUCAUCUUCUGCCAUGCACCACGUAAGGAAUACUACAAGAAGUUCUUAUUCGAAGCAUUCCCAGUUGAAAGCCAUCUGCAUCACCACCUACAUGAUAAUUUGAAUGCUGAGGUGGUUGUUGAAGUGAUUGCCAACAAGCAAGAUGCUGUUGAUUAUCUGACCUGGACAUUCAUGUACAGGAGGCUUACACAGAACCCAAAUUACUACAAUCUUCAAGGUGUGAGUCAAAGGCAUCUCUCGGAUCACCUGUCUGAACUUGUGGAGAACACUUUAAGCGACCUGGAAGCGAGUAAAUGUGUUACGAUUGAAGAUGAUUAUGAUCUUUCCCCUUUGAAUCUUGGUAUGAUUGCUUCUUAUUACUACAUCAGCUACACUACAAUAGAACGGUUCAGUUCUUCUUUGACCACCAAGACAAAGCUGAAGGGCCUUUUGGAGAUUUUGGCUUCCGCUUCAGAGUAUGAGCAACUUCCUGUUCGCCCUGGAGAAGAGGAUUUGAUACGUAGGUUGAUCCAUCAUCAGAGGUUUUCCUUUGAGAACCCGAAAUACGCGGACCCACACGUGAAGGCGAAUGCACUGCUACAAGCACACUUUGCUAGACAAACGGUAGGUGGGAAUCUUGGUUCUGACCAGCAAGAAGUGGUGCUAUCUGCAAGCAGGUUGCUUCAGGCCAUGGUUGAUGUUAUUUCAAGCAAUGGAUGGCUUAGCUUGGCUCUUCUGGCCAUGGAAGUGAGCCAGAUGGUGACACAGGGCAUGUGGGAGAGAGACUCUGUUCUGUUACAGCUGCCUCAUUUUACAAAAGAUGUAGCCAAGAGAUGCCAGGAAAACCCUGGAAGGAGUAUAGAGACUGUGUUUGACUUGGUGGAAAUGGAGGACGAUGAGAGAAGGGAGCUGUUACAGAUGUCGGAUCCUCAGCUCAUGGAUAUCGCAAAGUUUUGCAACCGGUUCCCUAAUAUCGAUUUGUCGUAUGAUGUGGUGGAUGGUGACAACAUUAGGGCUGGAGAGGAGUUUACUAUGGUGGUGACUCUUGAAAGGGAUUUAGAGGGUAGGACUGAGGUGGGACCGGUGGAUGCCCCGAGGUAUCCAAAAGGUAAAGAGGAAGGUUGGUGGUUGGUGGUUGGUGACACAAAGAGCAACCAGUUGCUUGCAAUCAAGAGGGUUUCGUUGCAGAGGAAGGCCAAGGUGAAGCUUGAUAACAUCACUGCUCCAAGUGAUGCAGUUGGGAAGAAAAGCUUUACUCUGUAUUUCAUGUGUGACUUCUUACAUGGGAUGCGACCAGGAGUAUAGCUUUUCUGUUGAUGUCAAAGCAGGAAGAGGAAGAGAAUGAUAUGACAUGAUUUGUAAGUUUUUUGCAGUUUGAUGUUUUUGUUUUAGAUGAAGUGUUGUUGGAAGUGGUUUGUUUUGUUUUGGAAAUUUGCAGUGAUUUGGUUGUCUGGUGUCCUCUGUUUUGUUAGAAGUCUGGUGAAAUAAUAUUGAGGGGGUGGUUGGGAUUUUGCUUAUUUAAAACAACUUAAUGCUUUUUUGUAAAACUGCUAAGUUGCUUAUCUGGUGUCAGAAAGCAAUUUUUUAAACAGUGUUUGGAUUAGUUUAUGCAGUACCAAAACGUAAUAAGUUGAAAAUGUAUUUUUUUUAGUGUUAGGUAAAUUCUGAUUAUGCAACUAACAAAAACUUGUUUUAAUAUAUCCAAACACACUUAAAAAGAAACUGCAAUAAGGCAAUAAGCAAAAUCCCAAACACACCCUGAAUCAGCAACAGGUAGUUUCUCCCUUAUUUUGGUGGUGGGUGAUAAUGAUAUCAUAAUGAAGUAUCUGGAUAAGCAUAUACCCUUUAAGUAUUGUUAAAAUUUGUGAAGAAGAUGAUGAUGAUGUUAAAUUGUAAAAAAUGAAAUGAGGAUGACAUGUUUCAGGUGCCUGGAUUAGCACAGAUGUAGACUUGCAGACCGGCAAAGAAUCACAAUCAGGUUCGUAUAAAAGAAAUAAAAAGGCAUUUUGACACCUUAACAGAGUGACACGUGAGGCAUAUCUAUGUUAAUUUGGACUAAUUUUAUUGAUUUUUUUACUUUGACUAUAUGGGUAUAUGAGGUAACUUAAGUGUACACGUAAAUCAAAAGACUUGAUAAGCCUUUGUGACCUCCGGUUUCAUCUGUUUUCUCUUCACCAUCACACCCUCUAACAGUAUAUUUUAUGGAAAGAAGUUCAUGUUCCCUAGUUUUUGUGAAAGAAGUGGCAAGAAAAGAAAGGGAGAAUGGUUCCUAACUCUCCUAAAAUGGAGGGAUUUGGAGCCUACUGAUAUAAGGCAAUGAUAUUUAUUAUUUACCAAAUUACCCUCUACCUCAUCAAAAGUAGUAUAAUUCAUUCACAUUCACAAGGUAAAAAAUCUGCUUCUUCGUCACUGUUGCUCUCAGCCAACAGCACGUAUCUUCUUUGUCCCUCCCUGCCAGGUAUGUUGUACAGUACUUGUUGUUUUUCCUUCUUUGUUGCAGUUUAAAAAAAAAAAACCAAUAUUGUAAGAGAUUUUUGCACAAACGAAGAUGAUAUGCCUACUUAUCAUAAACAUUUAUAUUAUUGCAUUUGAUUUUACAAUGCUAUAGCCUGGACUCUACUUUAGAGAAGGUGAUGGGUUUUAUUUGCUGAAACUAUCGUUAAUGUUUCCUUUCCUUUAACUUCUGGUCCAUCUGAUUGCUUUUUGAGCCUUGAGUAGCCUAACAACAACAAAAAAAAAAAAAAAAAAAAAUUUAAUUUACAUGAUGAGUGAUUGAUUGAUAUGAAGUUUUUGUAUUAGAUAGAUUAGCUUCUGCACUCUGAUUAAAUGAAUGGAUAGGAUAUAUCAUGUUUACUAAUUAAACCAGUGGCAGCCAAAAAAUGUUUGGCUUCCCUUCCCUAUUUAAAAGGAAAAGGAUAUGAAUCAUGUUUGUUGUUGUUAUAUUCACAUUUCACCCAUAAGGAUAAGGAUAAAGGAUGUUGCUUCUGCUGUUUUUAGUGUCAAGAUACAAGAAUUAAGUUGAUUGCUAUUUAAGAGUGUGAAAAGUUUGAUGCUAACUGGUCGGUCACUGCUGUUAUUAUCCCAACCCCAAAUUGAUUUUGAUUAUUCAGGCAUUUGGUGUCAUUUAUGAUUGACCAACCUUUUUCUUGUUUUUAGGGACCCAUUUUGCAGGUUGAAGUUGAACAAGGCUUUAUGUUUAUUUACAAGUGAUUUUAACUUUUUAACUUCUAUGUUUAAGCAUUGGUGUAUUUAAUUUUUUUUAUAGGUUGCUUAGUUAAUACAAACAAGUGGUGAUUGCAAGUGUGUUGCGGCUUUCAUUUAUUAAUUUUUUUUGGA